AUUAAAGUAAGGUUAAUUUUCAUGUUUUUAUUAUUUUACAGUGUUAUUUUGUAUUAAUUUGAAAAUGGAGAAGCCCCAAAAAAUUUGCAAGUUUUUUGUUACUCGCAAAAAACGAAACUGUCGUAUGUAUGUAAAAGAAGGAGAAGAAUAUUGUGGUGAACAUUUAAAACCCAAAGACAUUCAAGAAAUUCCUGAAGAGGAUAAAAAGAGUAGAGUAGUGUGUCCUUUAGAUAGAACACAUACUUGUUAUGCCCAUAAGUUAAAUAAGCAUUUAAAAAUUUGUAAUGCUAGACAAUCAAAAGUGGAACCUUAUAUUGAAAAGGGUAUUAAUUCUGGAAAAUUUGAAGAUUCAGUGGAAGACUCUUUUAAAUUUUUAUCAACAUAUUCUGUUUCUGAUAUAUUGGAAACGAUAAAGAAAGUCAACAAGGUCUAUGAAGAUCAUGUUAAUAAUCAGAUAACAGAUAAAAUAUUAAGUGAAAAAAAUGUUGAAGAUGAAAUGACCAAGCCUGAAUAUGGUGACAAAACUAAGAAACAUUUAAAACAAGCUUCAUCAAUAUUAGGAUUAUUGUUUAACUAUGAUUUAGUUAAACCAAAUACUUGUUAUAUUGAGUUUGGAGCUGGAAGAGGACAGUUAACAUAUUGGAUAUCAAAAUCGACAGAAAAUUUGGAGGGGACCUGUCUUUUAUUAGUUGAGAGAGCUUCUCCAAAACAUAAAAGGGAUAACAAAUUGGCAAAAACAACAGAGGUUGUGCAAAGGAUACGAGCGGAUAUUUCUGAUUUAGUUUUGGAUAAAUUAGAAGUCAUUAAUAAAACAACAAAUGUUGUGGGUGUUACCAAACAUUUAUGCGGUGAAGCAACAGAUUUAGCUAUAAGAUGCCUUACAAAUGUAAAAGAAAAUCAAAAUAAAGUUCAGGGCGCAAUUAUGACUUUUUGUUGCCAUCACAGAUGCAGAUGGACUUCCUAUGUGGGAAAAGAUUUUUUUAUGAAAAAUGAAUUGACAAAAGAAGAUUUUGAAAUCGUAUGUGGACUUACAAGCUGGGCUACAUGUGGAUCAGGCAUUAGUAGAGAAAAAAGAAAUAUGACAAAAAAAGAAAAAGAUAAUGAAAUAAAAGAUACAGAAGUAAAAGAAGAAAUUAAAAUUACGAGAGAUGUUGAAUUGGGACUCAAUAGAGAAGAGAAGGAGUGUGUAGGAAGAAAAAGUAAAAACGUUUUAAAUUGGGGCAGAUUAGAGCACAUGCAAGAAAAAGGAUAUAAUUGUUACUUGCAUCAUUAUAUUGAUAAAAGUAUAUCUUUGGAAAAUGUUUGUAUAGUAGCUUGUAAGAAUAAUAAACUGUAAUUGUUA